ACUGCGGACACAGUGCAGGAGAUGACCAGAGACUGUAAACACAGUACAGGAGAUGACCAGAGACUGCAGACAGUAAAGGGGAUGACCAGAGACUGUGGAUACAGUACAGGAGAUGACCAGAGACUGCGAACACAGUAUAGGGGAUGACCAGAGACUGCGGACAGUACAUAGGAUGACAGAGACUACGGACAUAGUAGAGGGGAUGACCAGAGACUGCGGACAUAGUACAGGAGAUGACCAGAGACUGUGGAUACAGUACAGGAGAUGACCAGAGACUGCGAACACAGUACAGGGGAUGACCAGAGACUGCAGACAACAGUACAGGAGAUGACCAGAGACUGUGGAC